AUUUCCGGUUUUUGAACCUUCGAUCUGCAAAGGCUGGCCUGCAGUUCCUCCUCUGGCCGUCGGGGGCAGUCGAGCUAUGAAGUCCGCCUGCGCCGGAGGAUCAAAAUCGAAACUUUCAAUGAGUUCAACUUCAGAUAAAUAGUCCCCCCCCCCGUCCACUUUCUCCACGGCUUGUUUUGGUUCAAAGUUGGGACAAUGAACGGCUCGUUGCACCCCCCCGCCAAACUUGAGAGCAUUAUACUGGAACGGGGACCGACAGGUCUGGGCUUCAACAUCGUGGGAGGACUGGACCAGCAGUACGUCCAGAACGACACCGGGAUCUACGUGUCCAAGAUCAAAGCGGGCGGAGCCGCGGCGCUGGACGGGAGACUGCAGGAGGGAGACCGGAUCCUCUCAAUCAAUGGGGUCGGGCUGGAGCACAGACGUCACAGAGAUGUGGUGGACCUUUUCAGGAAGGCGGAGGACAUUGUGGAACUGCAGGUUGUGAAAAAGCCAAAACCGACCCGUGACUCGCAGCCCCCUGAGGAGUGGGCACCGUCGGCCCUGCCCGUCUUCGGGUUUUUGCUGGCGCUCGCCGUUUGUGCGGCGCUUGUGGUCAGAAAGUUCCGCCCUUCCAACUGAGCCUGUGAAAACACUGAAAACGUAGCUAAGCGCCAAAGAAGAAGGACCGCCCUCUGAACCGUAGAGCUUUUCCCUCCUUUAGGUGGCGGUGCUGCCAAUGAGUCUUUACCUGUUCUGUGAUUAACUGUAGCUUCUGGAUAGCUCCUCCCACUCGCCUUCCACAGAUAAAUGAGUGACAUGUGGGGAGACGUAUGUAAAUAUUCCAGCUGUGAAGCUGAGAUCCGUUUAACCGCCGGACUCUUGUGGGAGGGGCCCAAACAGACGCGGCGUCCAGCUCCCUGUGAUGCUCUGUAGCGACUCUGGACUCAUCGCAUCAGCACCAAACCCCCUCAGACUCUGGUUGCUGGAUCUUCCUCAGACCUUCUGCUGGUUUCACUCUUCAGACCCAUUCAGACCCAAACGGCGUUCCUGCUGAUCAGAACUCUCCACCUGCCGGCUCUCCUCCAGCUCUCUCUGGACGGAGCGAGCUCGCUUCCUGUAAAUAUGUUCUCAUGCUGCUCUGAAAUCUUUCUGAUGAUUGAAGCGUUUGAGGUCCAGAAGCCAAAUUCCCGUCAAAUGUUUUUUCCUUUUGGGACCAAAGUGUUUUCCUGGUUUUAAGGUGGAACAUUAAAGAUCAGAGAACAGAGUCUGCCGGAACUUCGUGUGAAGGUGUUCAUUGUGAAGAGGACCUGCAUUUUUGAGCGGCUGAAAUGUUUGCUUUUCAAAAUAAAAGCACUGCUCUCUAAUGAAAAACUUCCUUUGUGUCAAAAGACAAUAAAAAACUUUGAUUACAAAUAAAUGAUUAGCAGUUCAAAGUGAAA